AUGAAAAAAACAACCCACAGUUGCUUUUUACUGAUCAUCCUUCUAAUUAGAAUGGUUCCAAGUCUUUCUUCUACUGUAAAUUAUACUGAUCCUACAUUAGAGCCUGUAGUAACUGAACAUUCAGUCAUACGACAGAAGAUAAUAGAUUCACAGUUCAAAUGCUAUGAGAGGAUGAACAGAGCUCCUCCGUAUAAGAAAAAAGGUCUGUUCUGCAACCGAACCUGGGAUGGCUGGCUGUGCUGGGACGACACACCUGCUGGAAGAAUCACUGCUCAGAAUUGUCCAGAUUAUUUUCCAGACUUUGAUCCAACUGAGAGGGCUUCAAAAUACUGUGAUGAAACUGGAAACUGGUUCCGCCAUCCUGAGAGCAACCGAACUUGGUCCAACUAUACUCUGUGCAACUCUUUCACCUCUGAAAAAUUGAAGAUGGCAUUCAUACUUUAUUAUAUGGCGAUCGUUGGCCACGCUUUGUCUAUAACAUCCCUGUUGAUUUCCUUGGCAAUUUUCUUCUAUUUCAAGAGCCUCAGCUGUCAAAGGAUAACACUGCAUAAGAAUUUAUUUUUUUCUUACGUGCUGAACUCCAUGUUUACAAUUGCCCACCUCAUUGCUGUUGUGCCUAACCCGGGACUUGUAAAAAGGGAUCCCGUGAGCUGCAAAGUGCUGCAAUUCUUUCACCAGUACAUGUUGGGCUGCAACUACUUCUGGAUGCUCUGUGAAGGCAUUUAUCUUCACACGUUGAUUGUGGUGGCAGUGUUUGCUGAAGAGCAGCGUUUGCACUGGUAUUACCUCUUGGGCUGGGGGUUCCCUUUAGUGCCAGCAUCUAUUCAUGCUGUAGCAAGAGCCAAAUACUUCAAUGACAACUGCUGGAUGAGUGUUGACACAUACUUGCUCUAUAUUGUUCAUGGACCUGUAAUGGCAGCUUUAUUGGUCAAUUUUUUCUUUUUGCUUAACAUCGUCCGAGUUUUGGUGACAAAGCUAAGAGAUACCCACCGUGCUGAGUCCAACAUGUAUAUGAAAGCUGUCAGAGCCACUUUAAUCCUGGUGCCCUUACUAGGAAUUCAGUUUGUUAUUAUUCCCUGGAGACCAGAAAACCGCCUUGCUGGAGAAAUAUAUGAUUACAUCAUGCAUAUAUUAAUGCAUUACCAG